GUCAAGUCAACAGCAAAAUGUGAUUGGAAGACAUAUACAAUGUAAGCAUGUACUAUUAGGUACAUCAGCAGUAUGCAAAACUGUAUAAGAAACUAACCUUACAUAUUCAGCUCAAAUCGAUCGAGUGAUCAGGUUAUGGACACACCCCGCGAGAUAUUUGAUGUUUCGGGACCAUUGCACCUGCUAACUUCUCUCGACUGGCGAAACACAUUUCAUCGGAGAUCCCUUGCUGCAAGCCUAGUGCAAGGUGUUUAUAAUCUCGAACAUGAUCGCCAAGGUGGAAGCACUGCCCACCAUCACUAUGCCCCUUCUUCACAAUGGUGGGAGAGGUUUCAUUUUCAGUUGAAUCAUGUUCUAGUAGACGAGAGCGAUUUAUCUUUCUUUGGAGCCAUUUACGAGCUCAAAUACGCACAUCCUUGCUUCUAUCAAUCUAGACCGUACCCUCCACGAUAUGUCAUAGCGUUCCGUGGAACAAUCAUUAGAUUUGCCACCCAAUAUGAAGAUAUGAAACUAAACAUGAAAUGUAUCUUUGAUAAACUUGAAAAUAGUCCCCGGUUUCAUACUGCUAUUGACGCGCUUCAAAACGUGGUAUCGAAUGUGGGCCCCGAAGGCGUGUGGUUGGCCGGACACUCGUUGGGUGCAGCAAUAGCAAUGCUUGCCGGAAGGCAUAUGGCAAAAUCUCGAUGUCAGCUUGAAACCUAUUUAUUCAAUCCACCGUUCAUUUCAGUUCCAGUCGAGAGGCUAAUUAGAAACGAAACCUUGAAACAUGGUGUUCGUAUCGCUGGAAGUCUCAUGACAGCCGGAAUUGCAACAGCAAUGAAACUUCACGACAAGGAUCCUGAAGAGGAUCCAUUUAACGUGUUAUCUGAAUGGACACCUUAUGUGUUUGUGAAUCCAUCAGAUCCUAUCUGUGCUGAGUACAUUGGGUAUUUUCAGCAUAGAGAAAUGAUGGAGUGGAUGGGAGUUGGAAAAAUCGAGAGGAUUGCAACAAAACAUUCCAUAGGAAGUCUAGUUUACGGUGCAAUGGGGAGAGACUCUGAACCCUCGCAUCUUCUACCGACAGCUUAUGUAACGGUGAACCUUAGUCCGUCUGAGAAAUUGAAACAAGCUCAUGGAAUUCACCAAUGGUGGCAACAACAUUUUCAAUGGCAAUCGAAGCUAUGCAAAUUCAAUUAAGGUUUCUCUUUUAGUCCUGCUCCUGCAUCAUGCUGUUUCAUUAAAUGAUGAAAAACUGAUGAAUUUCUUUUGAUAGAACCUGAUAUUGUUUGAUUGUUUGUAAAAGUUGAAUAACAUACGAAUUAAAGACUAGUUGAAUUAGUUUUAA